AUGAUUAACAUUACGAGUGUUACCGAUUUCAAGGAAAUGUCCUAUGGUGUUCCAGAAUCUGAACAUGAUAUUUUGAAAUAUUUGAUCGAUGUUCGAGUUAGAUUAACGCAAUUGAAAACUAAUAGAAGCAAGUAUUUGAAUUCGAAAGAAGUUAGAUUACUUCAUCAAGAAGUUUUAACUAAAGUUAGAGAAUUGGAUGAUAUUAGAAAAUCUAAAUUAAAAGAUGACGGACAGGACGACAGUCAAACUCAACAAAUUACAACUUUAUUAUGCAAUUUGACUUUGCAUAAUAAAGUCGAUUCUUUAGUUGAUGAUGUCUUCCAAUUGUUAUCACUAUGUUUCUUAACUGUUGGCUUAAAAAAUUCUGCUCCUGCCACAUACACAUCUUUAUCUACUGUUCAAAAACUUCUAGAGCAUUUGGAUGAGUCUAAUAUCUUCACAAAUCAUGAUUUGAGACCAAUCAAGGAGAGAUUAGAUGAAAUUUCAAAAAUUGUUCAAAACAAUUCUUAUAAAAAUUAUGAGUUUAAUGAAGAUGAAAUUAAUCCAAACCAAGUGGAUGAUGACGAAAUAAAGCAAAAUUUAAUUGAAGAAGAUUUAUUGCUAAGAGCUAAGUUAAAGUUUUGCAACGAUGAAUUUGCAAGAAUACACUCUAAACUAGAGGAAAUUGAUCCAGAAUUAAAUAGUAUUAUGGAAAAAUUGUAUCACAUUAGAAGAAACUUAUUAUCUUUGGCUUCUCCAACUCACAAGAUUGAUACCACAGAAAACAUAUCGAUUUUCAAUAAUAAUGAAGAAUCAAGAAAAAUGUUAAAACACUUAAGUGAUGAAUUAACUGAAUUAGAAACACAUAGAGAUGAAGAUGGUAAUUUCAAAUCUCUUGAAACUAACGAGGUUAAAUUAAAGGGUCAAAAUGCAUUAGCUGGUUUAGUUGAUAACUGUCACGAUUUGAUAAACGAUUUUACUAAUUCUAGUGGAGAUAAUCAAAUUUUGGACAAAAAUUUGCAACCAAUAUACAAUAAUUUGAUAAACAUAAAAACUAAUUUGGCAAAUUUAAUGAUUACUAGAAGAUGGACUUUAAGAGAGACAGACUUGUUUCAAUACCAAAAGCGUUUAAAAGAAAUUGAUGAUCAAAGAGUUAAUGGAAAAUUCCCAUCAGAAUCAGGAAAUACUAAAGGUCAAUCUAUUUUGUUGUAUUUAUUACGUAGAUGUUACGCUAUUAUUUACAAAUUAUUAGAAAGCUCUGAACCUGUUUCUGAGUCCUUACAACCAAUUCAUAACCAAUUAUCUACCACUAGACGGUGUCUACUAGCUUUAAAGAGAAUGGGUGGUGUUAAUAGUCCAAGGGAGUUAUAUCCAUAUCAAUUAAAAUUGGCUUCUCUUGACGAGCUAAGAAUUGACGGUAAAUUUUAUGAUUCAAGCGGUGAAAUUCCAGAAGGCCAAGGGACAUUGAAUGCUUUACUAGCAGAAUGUUUUGAUAUGCUUCAUGAGCUAGAGAUUGAAUCUGAAGAGAGUGUUGAUAAUGAGAACGACACUGCUGAUUCCAUACAAGAUGAUAAUGAAGAUUAUAGAGAUGUAUCCGAUGAUGAUCGUCCAGCUGCUAGAAGUUUGAACACUAUUGCAACUGGUAUUAAUGAUGAAAAUCCAAGCGAAGAAGAUUAA